AAAAAAAGUUGAUACAUGUCCUUUUCAUCAAGACUGGGACAAAUCUAAAUCAAGUUAGUAGAUUUAAAAUGUUGCAUAAUGCAAAACUGCAACAGCUGAGCUGACUGACAUUGGUUAUACAAAAUGUCAGAGAGCUGCUUCCCCCAUAAAGCUGAUUUGAAACAAUGUGCAUUCAGAAAAGCUCUAUGAAAAUAAAUAAAUAAAUAAACAUGGUAUAAUGAGAAGUAAAUCUUUCCAUAGACUUUGGCCCUCACACUUUCAACACUUAAUUCAAAUUUGGUGUUUUAAAUGCAGUAACAUGUGAUUGCUGUUAUUUCAUACAGACUCUUGGCAACGUUUUAAAAAUGGCCACAAGUAUUGGAUUUGGUACUGAAGGACUGAAUUUGGUUUUGUUGGGAAAAAUGGGAGCUGGGAAAAGUUCAUCAGGAAACACGAUACUGGGACGACAAGCUUUCAUAUCAAGGAAAAGCUCCAGAUCUGUCACUCGUGAUGUUGCUGUUGAAUCUGGAACUGUUGGUGAACUUCCAGUCACUGUUUAUGACACACCAGGAUUAUUUGACACAGACAUGAGUGAAGAAGAGAUUCAGCAGAAAUAUGAAGAGGUUCUUCAGAGAUGUGAAUCUGGUCCCUGUGUGUUUCUGCUGGUCAUCAAAGCUGACAGAUUCACAGAAGAAGAGAGAAAAACUGUGGAGAAGAUUGAGGAGAUUCUGGGAGAAAAACGCAUGGAGAAAACCUGGAUUCUCUUCACCAGAGGAGACGAACUGGAGGAAGAAAACAUGACUAUAGAUGAAUUCAUUAAUGUGUCUGAACCACUGAAGAAACUCGUUCAGAAAUAUGAUCAGAGAUACCAUGUGUUCAACAACAAGAAGAAAAGAGGACAUACUGAACAAGUGAAAAUGCUGUUUAUAAAAAUAUUUAAGCCACACUUUGACAGAUUGGAAGGAGAAGUCCUAGAGGGACUGAAGUCAAAUCCACUGAGGAGAAGAAUACCAAACUACAUUGAACCAGCCACACCUGCUGACAGUCCCUCAUCCAGACGGAUUGUUCUUCUGGGUCAAAGUGGUGUUGGGAAAAGUGCAGCUGGAAACACAAUACUGGGGCGGAAAGAGUUUAUCUCUGUGAUGAGUGCGAGUUCAGUGACCCAUGAAUGUUCAGAUGUUCACGCCACUGUUUCAGGCAGAUCUGUGUCUGUAGUUGAUACUCCUGGAUUAUUUGACACAAAGAUGAAACCUGAAGAGUUAGCUGAGGAGAUAGCAAGAAGUGUUUAUUUAUCCAGUCCUGGACCGCACGCUUUUCUCAUUGUGUUUCCUGUGAAUAUGAGAUUCACUGAACGAGAGCAGCAGAUUCCUCAAAUGAUUGAGAUGAUGUUUGGUCAGGAGGUGUUAAAAUACUCCAUCAUUCUCUUCACUCAUGGAGAUCAACUAUAUGGAGCAUCUGUAGAGGAACUCAUUAGGGGGAACAGUCGAUUAAGAGAUCUAGUUCAGCAGUGUGGAGGCAGAUAUCACAUCUUCAACAAUAAAGAUCAGAAUAACAGAGAGCAGGUGAAUGAUCUACUGCAGAAGAUUGACACAAUGAUAGAGCAGAAUGGAGGAGGACACUACAGUAAUCAGAUGUUUGAAGAUGCUCAGAGAUUCAGACAAGAGGAAGAAGAGAGGAAACAGAGAGAGGAAGAGGAGAGAAAACAACAAGAAGAGAAAGAAAUACAAGAGGAGAUUGAGAGAGUGAGAAAAGAGACAGAGGAGAGAAUCAGAGCAGAGAUACAGAGUGAGGAAGAACGGAGAAAACAAGCAGAGGAACAAAGAAAAGAGUUUGAGAGAGAGAUGAAGAAGGCAGAGGAGAGAAUCAGAGCAGAGAUUGAGAAAGAGGAAAGAAUUAGACCAUGGUUUAAAAGGUCUCAUUUUUGGGUUAAGGUUGGAGCUAUUACUGGAGCUAUUAUUGCUGCCCCUGUUGUUGCUGCUGCUGCUGUUGUUGCUGCACCUGCUAUUGGUGUUGGAGCUGUUGUUGCUGCUGCUACUGCUGGAACUGCUGCUGCUGCUGGAGCUACUGCUGGAGCUGCUGCUGGAGCUAUUUAUGGAGCUGCUGUUGAUGAAGCUAUUGCCAGAGCUCAUGAUGCUCAGAGGGAGCAGAGAAAGGAAGAGGAGAGAAAACAAAAGGAGAAAAAUAAAGAUGUCCUUGAAAGAAAGUAAGAAGUUUACAGUAAAAAGUUCAACAGAAGAACGAAAGAGAAGAUGCAGACAUGGAAGAGUGGAAGAGCAAGCAUUAACAGCACUGCUACAGUACAGUCUUUGUUGGUUGAUAAAAUGAGCCUGAGAAAAGCACUUCUCUCCUUAAGAUAGUGUUUUCUGGGAUGAUCUUCAUCAUCCUCGUCAUCCUCACUGCUGUGUUCCAGCUGGAGAUCUCAAGAACAGUACUGUAUAAAGCACUGUAAUACACCAGAACAGCUGGAAAUUAACAUUUCCACAUCCAGCUGGUGAGAUGCACUGGAUCAGCAGUAGUCAGAGCAGAACCUGCAUGCAUUUUAACCUGUGUCUAUCGGUGCUGUUCAGCACUUAAACAUCUAAACGUGAUGUUUGUCAGUGUGUCAGGCUGCUUGAUGCAGAAGAGUAGAAGUCAAGUACACAGAAAGUAAGGGAGGAAAGCAGACACAUGCAUCUCAAGCUAAAACAACAAAUUGGACCUGCAUGGCUUCAGGACACAAAAUGAACACUGUCUUCAUCAGUGCAAGAAAGAAUUGUUCAGGAUUUAGUAUUGUUGUGAGUUGCUGAAUUCCUUUGCAACAAAGCAGUCAUUGCUUUAAAUUAAAUUUUGUUAAAUAAUUAGUCUUGUCUGAAUUGUUUUGUUUGUUUCUGUGUUCAGUCCUGGAUUGUACUCUAUGCUUUCUGGUUUGUUAUUUAAUCAAAGAAGAGUUUAAGGAGAAAAUGUGUUGAAAGAACAUGAGAAAAGUUUACAACUCUCUGGUCUAAAGAAUAAUAAAGCGACACACAAACUUUACAGCCUCCAACCAUCUGCACACAAAUGUGGCCCGUCAUGAUUUUCAGUUUCACCGUCCUCAUUCUUACUAACAAUGCUUUUUGUUUUUAGAGUUUACUGAACUCAAAUAAUGCUUAGACUAAUGGUUUCUUAUUGCAAAACUGAAAAAAGCCUUGUCAUCACUUGAGUUCUGUGAACAAUGAAAAUUUAUCAGAAUAAUAUGGAAAAUGCUGAUACAACUUAGAGUAUGACAUUAAAUACAAAAGAAACCAAUAUGAUCCUUUUCAAUUUUUGCAACAAAUACCUUGUUAAUCAGCCUAUUACAGUUAUUC